AUGGCGUCGAAGACCACCGUGAGUCUCUCGGCUCUCUAUCUUAUGUUCGGUAGCUUCUGCCUGGGUAAGACGGCCGAUAUGUCGGCUUUCAAUAACCCCAGUCAUGGGCCGCCAGCCGCAGAUUUUGCUGCAGCAGACUCGCUGCCGGUCUCAGUCCUUCAGGCAGCAGCUGCAGCAGCUAGCAUAGUUCCGAAGGACGCAACAUACCCCUUUAGCCUGGGUAGCUCGGAAAAGUCUACCAUACACAGCGACUGGGUAUCCUUUAAAGAGGGUGCUGCUUUGUCCUGGGUGGCUGAUAUGGAUGUGGAUUGCGAUGGAGUUAACCAUAAAUGCGAGGGAAACCAAGAUGGCCAGCCCCAGACAAAUUGGGGGGCUCUGUCUGCAUAUGCAGUGCCUUACAUCGUGAUCCCCGAUAGGUUCCUAGCUGCAAAUAAGGAUAUUCUGCCAGGAAAUAAUAUUGCGGCUGUGAUUUGUAAUGGAAAGAUGUACUAUGGGAUCCUCGGCGACUCUAAUGGGGAUGACCCCCAAAUUACUGGUGAAGCGUCAUGGCUGAUGGCGAAGACAUGCUUCCCCAACGAUAAUCUCCAGGGAAACAAUGCCCAUUCGUCUAAAGAUGUUACUUGUAAGUGUUCUUGCCGGCUAAACCUCCCAAAGAAGGAGCUGCUCAUGAACUGUAAAGAUAUUCUUUUCACUGGCGAACGUGCUGUUCUCCCUGAUAACGUCAUGGACAAGACGUAUAUCACAGAUUUCGACACCCUGAGAACUAUGGGCGACAAGCUUGCCAGGGCUCUUGCCUCGAACUUGGGCACGCCAAAUUCAACCGAAUCCGAAUCCGAAUCCGCAUCUGCAGCUGCAAGCUUAUGGGCUGGACGGGAAGGUGAAGCGAUUUUGAAUAUAUCUUGUUGGAAUGCGAUGGCUGCUUGGUAUAGGGAUACUUCUGAUUGUGACUUUUUAUCUUGGGAUUUCAGUCUCGGACAUGUUGUAGGGUGA